UCUUCCCCUUCUCUCAGAAAAGAUGGCAUCUUUACCUUAUACCUCUCUCUUGCUUCUCCUCCUCUCGUCGGCGAUCCUCGCCGCCGCGGCCACCGCGGAGACUACCAUGUCGAUCAUCGCCUACAACGAAAAGCCACGGAUUCAGGAUGAGCGGAGCGACGCCAGAAUCAGACUCAUCUACGACCAGUGGAUGGCGAUGAACGGCAGACAGUCCACGCGAUCGGGAGGGGCGAUUCGCCGGUUCGAGAUCUUUAAGGACAACCUCCGGUUCAUCGACGAGCACAACGCGGCGGCGGACAAGGGCGAGCACUCGUAUAGAUUAGGGUUGACUAAGUUCGCCGAUUUGACGAACGAGGAGUAUAGAUCGACGUACCUUGGGAUUAAGGCUGAUGAGAGGAAGGAGAGGGUUAGGGUUAGGAGCGAGAGGUACAAGGUCAACGCUGGGGAGAGCUUGCCGGAUUCCGUUGACUGGAGAAAGGAGGGGGCUGUAACUUCGAUCAAAGAUCAGGGGAGUUGCGGGAGUUGUUGGGCUUUCUCGACAGUAGCUGCAGUUGAAGGGAUCAAUAAGAUUGUGACUGGUGAUCUAAUUUCGCUGUCUGAACAAGAAUUGGUUGAUUGUGACACCUCAUAUAAUGAGGGAUGCAAUGGUGGCCUUAUGGACUAUGGUUUCCAAUUUAUCAUCAACAAUGGUGGAAUUGACACUGAAGAGGACUACCCAUACAAAGCCCAGGAUGGCAGAUGCGACACCUAUAGGAAAAAUGCAAAGGUCGUAUCCAUUGAUGGGUAUGAGGAUGUUCCUGAGAAUGAUGAGAAUGCCCUGAAGAAGGCUAUUGCCAACCAGCCUGUUAGUGUUGCAAUUGAAGCUAGCGGAAGGGCAUUCCAGCAUUACCAAUCGGGUAUUUUCAGUGGGCAAUGUGGCACUGAGCUCGACCAUGGUGUUGUAGCAGUAGGUUACGGAACUGAGAACGGCAAGGACUACUGGAUCGUUCGUAACUCGUGGGGCUCGUCAUGGGGUGAAGCCGGCUAUAUCAGACUUGAGCGUAACAUUGCUGCUCCUGCUGGAAAGUGUGGUAUCGCAAUUGAGCCAUCUUACCCAAUCAAGAGAGGUCAGAAUCCGCCCAACCCGGGCCCAUCUCCUCCUUCUCCUGUUAUCCCACCCACUGUUUGUGAUAAUUACUAUUCUUGCCCGGAGAGCACAACUUGCUGUUGUGUCUAUGAGUUUGGCCGGUCUUGCUUUGCUUGGGGAUGCUGCCCUCUUGAAGGCGCCACUUGCUGUGAUGAUCACUAUAGUUGCUGCCCCCAUGAUUAUCCCAUCUGCAACGUUCAGGCUGGAACUUGUCUCACUAGCAAGAACAACCCUCUGGGAAUUAAGGCCUUGGUCCGAACUCCAGCGAAACCUCACUGGGCUUUCUCAGCUGCCGGAGGCAAGAAGCAGUAAUGAUGAAUUCAACAAUCACUUGCACCUCACCAUCAUUUCCAUUUCUAUUUAGGGGACCAAGCAGCAAUGCUUAUUGCUUUGCUGGUUUGUUUUAUGAUGAUUAGCAAACUCUUGUACAUAGUUCUUAAGCUUCAUAUUCCCUAAAACCAAUUGGUGGUACUAUUUGAACUUGCUACAUUACUCUUGUAACAUUGAUAGUUAUUUCAGCUGAAAUUAUGCAAUUCCCUUAUGUUUUCUUUG